GAAAAAGAACGUCUUUCUAUUUCUCACUUUAUUUUUUUCUCCCUCUCGUACAAGUAGGAGGAAGAAAACAUAUUCCGGAGGCGCGGCGGAACCGUUCGCCGUGCCGGCAGCGAGCCCGCCAGCACACCGCCGGAGCCCCUACCCAGCGGAGGGUGUGGGGAAGGAGCAGAGGAGGAGGAGGGGGAGGAGGGGGAGGAGGAGGACGACGACGAGGAGGCUCUAGGAGUCUCGCGGGAGAAGCUUCUAGAAGCUGCCGGAGGCGGAGCGAGGGCGAGGGCUGCGCGAUCUCGCCGGAACUAGCAGCCUGAGGAGGAGGCGCUGGGGAGGGAGUCUCCCAGAUGCCGGCGCCCUCCUUGAUUUGAAUGGAAGGCAGAUCUCGAGGGCGAGGGAAGCUUCUAGAAGCGGGUUGAGGAGACACGGUUAGCCGUUAGGGUUUGCCUUGGCGGUAGGAGGCGGCGGGGCGGGAUGGGGGGAGGCUCGGAGGGAGGAGGAGACGGGGAGGAGGGCUGCUGCAGCGUCGGGGACACCUCGCCGGGGACCAUCGUUUGGGUGCGGCGGAGGAACGGGUCGUGGUGGCCGGGCAGGAUCCUGGGGCAAGACGAGCUACCACCGUCACAGAUCAUGUCUCCAAGGUCCGGCACGCCGGUCAAGCUUCUCGGCCGCGAGGACGCCAGCGUUGACUGGUACAACCUUGAGAAAUCAAAGCGUGUUAAAGCUUUUCGGUGUGGGGAGUUUGAUGCCUGUAUUGAAAGGGCAGAGGCUACUCAAGGUACUCUUGCAAAGAAAAGAGAGAAAUAUGCACGGAGGGAAGAUGCUAUCCUUCACGCUCUUGAAUUAGAGAGGAAACUGCUUGCGUCUAAGCAUCAGACUCAAGGUUUCAGACCUGCCUACUUUUCUGCCUGCACAAAACAUCGCAAAGACCUUGGAAGUACUCGCUACAAGAGCAAAAAGAGGAAAAGGAAAGAUGUAUCUGCUCUCCCUGAUACAAAAAAAGAAGCCGACCAGUAUUUUCUGCAUGCUGGUUCAAAGAAAAACUUUUCAGGGUCUCUUUCUCAGGGAACUACUGAGAAUCUUACCAGUAAUCACCUCGGCGACUUAUCCAAUGCGAGACAUAUUCAGGGAGGGGCCAGUUCAGAGAGCAAGGAGAAAUAUACAGUUGUGAAAAAGAACAGGUCGGAUGGAAGCGAUUUUGAUGAAUCUAUUGAAAAAGGUGUCAGGCGCCGGCCACUUGUUCAAGUUCUGCAGAGUAGUACAAAAUUACCGCAGCACUCACGGCACAAUGAUGAUUAUGGGGCCAUCUUAAUUGGGGCAGAUAAGGAUCCAUCACCUGCCACCUACCGGGCUAAAAGAAGUAGAUACACAUACCUGCCUAGUGAUUCUGGUGAAACUCAUAGUCUUAGUGAUCUACCUUCUGCACAAAUAGCUUCUACAGGAACCGAUUUUGAGACGGAAAGUUAUCUCCAGCAUCCAAAUUGUUCUUCUGAGGAGCAUACAUCUUCAGACUUUGUUGAGAAGCACAUAUCCGAGUCUUCAGAGAGGGAAUGCUCAGAAAGUGAGACAGAAGAUGAUGCCGAGCUUUUGCAAAGUGCUAAUAUGAUUCUGCCUCCAGAGUUACGUCCCCGUGAUCCUUAUUUCCUUCGGGCUUCUGACAAGUUUGGACAUGCGGAUAAUAAUGGUGAUGAGGCGAACUAUUCUACGUAUUCACAUCAAUUGAAUGAAUCAGAAGAAGAGGAUGGUUAUUCUGAGCAUGGUGUCUCUCAGUGGCAUAUGAAAGGUAAACGUAAUAACCGUGGUGCAGUGAAGAGAUCAAUGCCUAUGACAGAUGGAAAUUCUUGUUUGGACAAACCCAAUGGUCUCACAAAAGGAUCUGUGUACAAGACAAAUGGUAUAAAUCAUAGAAAAGAGAGUGUGCAAACAUCCAAUCAGCAAUUGCUUAGGCACCAAAUCAAAGAGGAGUCCAACUAUGAUUCUGAUGAAACAGAUUUAUUUGAGGACACGAGCCGUACAGAGGUUAACUUGUAUCAUAGUAGAACGUACCCGUCCUCCUUGAAGGCUACUAGGGAUCUUAGCCGGAGCUACAUUUAUUAUGAUGACUACGAAAAUGAUUCUUCCAAGAUUUCUCCUGUUAACUGUGAUGCAGGUCAGAUAUUUCGUGUUGAUCGGAAUGCAUACUGGGACAGACCUUCAUUUUACCAAAGAAAUUACAGUUCACGCCUUGGUGGCUUGGGCCCAAUGUUGUUUGAUGUUGACUUGAAGGUCCAAGCCAGCUACCAUGGAGAGCAUGUUCCUCUUGUUUCCUUGAUGAGCAGACUGGAUGGCAAAGCAAUUGUUGGGCACCCCAUCCAAAUUGAAAUACUUGAAGACGGUACCACUGAUCACCUGGUUUCUGGUGGUGAUAUUAGUAUGGAAGAGAGUACAGGAACUCCGCCUGCUUGGCGUACAGGCAGGAGGACUGCCAUGCAAAGAGUUCCCCGUUCUAAUCCUUCAGGAGCAUCAUUGGAUGGUGACAAUGAAGGCGGGCUUGCAUAUCCAGACUGGGAGAUGAAACCAGUAGUCAGAAAAUACUCAACAUCAAAUCACCAGGUUAAGGUUAAUAAGAAAAUCGUGUCAAAUCCUAGGAGAGCAUCGGUGUCCAAGUCUCAGAAGAAACCAUCUAAGAAAGCAAGCUUAUCAAGCCAAAAGGUCAGAACCAUCUCUUCCAUUUCUACUGGAAGAAGGCAAAACAGAGGUGGUGGUCAGCAUAGCCGCAGCAGCAUUUUUGGUGGCUUGAUCAAAGCAGAGGGAACAAUUCCCCUAGUAACAUGUGUCCCUGCAAAGGUUGUGUUCACUAGGAUACUGGAAGCAGUUGGCAGGCCACUUCUGACUGUUACUCACCGUGUUAGAAUGGAUAGUCAUGCAGUACAAGAUCCAUCAUAGGCAUCAACUGCAAUGCAAAAUAUGUUUGGUACUGGUGUCCUCAAGUUUCAUGUACAUUUAUGUUAACUGAAGAGACAAGUUAUUCAGUCAUUUGGAAUACACCAGUGAGGAGGACGAUUGACAUGGUUGUUUCAUGAUAACACGUAACAGCUGCACUCAUCAACAUUGGUGAGUAGUGACAACAUGUAAAGAGCAAUGGCACUUAUAUACUGUUAACUGGAGGUUGAGAUCAAUUAGGCUCUCAACACGAGUACUUCUUGGUUCUCGCACAGCAGUCGAGCCAGCGACUCCACCAAGCGGGGCAUCCUUGGAAGGGUGACUAGUGGUAGUGACCACCGCUUUUGGCAUUGCUGUCUCCUGUAAAGUACUAACCUACGCAUUUUAGGAUGUCUAUCUAUAUAAAUUUAUGCAUCAUCUAAUAGUCAAUAGGCCAUAGGUUUCCUGAUGUCAUGUAUAAUUCCUCAAUUGUAAUCUGAUCAAAUCUACCUGUUAUUUUGUUGUGGAGGAUUAAUCGGUUCAUCAAGUGUAACUGUGUAAGUUCAGAAGAAUGUGUAGCAAAUCGAUGUAAUAUACUACCAGAGAACAAUUACACCAGAUGAUGUCAACAGUGUGGUUUUCUUUGUGAA